CUGAAAAACUGCUUAUCUGUCUGCAAACUUUCUCAGCAGCCAAACGAUGAGAGAGAAACUGAGCUCCUAAACCAUAAAAGCUCACCACUUCAAUCGAGCUACAAGUCAAAUCAUAAUGUCCCUCUCAGCCUCGAAAUUAACAGAAAUGCCACUGAGAAGCUCACUUCCACUCGCAUCACACUCGCACCACUCCUCUCCAUCCUUCAACCACCUUCUCUUCUUCUCCUCAGCCCCGAAACCGUCAUUUCACAUCCUUAGGCCCUUAUCCUCUCUCCGUACCAAAGAACAGAACAGUAGCAGCAGUGGAAGUCCCAACAGAAGCGGCGGCAACCACCGCUCAUCUUACCCCUGGUCUCACCAAAACGCAAAGCCUUCGGCUCCUUGGCUCGAUAAGUGGCCCUCCUCCUCCCCUUCCAUCGACGACGAAAUUCAACGGCCACAAGAAGAGCCAGAAGAGGAAACGACAAUCCGGUAUUUUGAUAAAGAUAAAGGGAAGAGCGCGAUUGAGAGGAUCGUACUUCGGCUACGGAACCUAGGGCUAGGAUCAGAUGAUGAAGAGGAUGAAGAAGAAGAUGAGGGAGGUGAAAUGGACGGUCGUAAUUCGAUGAACGUGACCGGCGAUGAGAAAUUGGGGGAUUUAUUGAGGAGGGAGUGGGUACGGCCUGACACGAUUUUGGCGGAGAGGGAGAGGAAUGAUGAGGAUGAGAUGAAGUUGCCGUGGGAAAGAAGUGAUGAUGAGGCGGAGAAGAGCGAAGGAGAGGUAGGAGUAUUGAGGAAGAGGAGAGUCAAGGCGCCGACAUUGGCUGAGUUGACGAUAGAGGACGAAGAGCUGAGGCGGCUAAGGAGGAUGGGGAUGUACCUGAGAGAGAGGAUCAAUGUGCCUAAAGCAGGAAUCACGCAGGCCGUGUUAGAGAAGAUUCAUGAUAAAUGGAAGAAGGAGGAGCUUGUCCGGCUUAAGUUUCAUGAGGUGCUUGCUCGGGAUAUGAAGACCGCACACGAGAUUGUCGAGCGUCGAACUGGAGGAUUAAUUAUUUGGAGGUCAGGAAGUGUCAUGGUUGUCUAUCGUGGAGGGAAUUAUGAAGGACCUUCUUCUAAGUCUGAACCCAUUGAUGGAGUAAGAGAAGCUCUUUUUGUUCCAGAUGUUUCUACCGUUGGCAAUGCAAUAAUGGCCAGUGAAACUUUUGAAACUUCAACUCCAGAAAAGGGUGAGCCAACCAUGAGGAAUCUGGAUCGCACCACAACCAUGACAGAAGAGGAAGCUGAGUAUAACAGUCUACUAGAUGGUUUAGGUCCUCGCUUUCAUGAAUGGUGGGGUACAGGAGUACUUCCUGUAGAUGCUGAUUUACUUCCUCCGAAGAUUCCUGGUUAUAAAACACCCUUUAGGCUUCUUCCUACAGGAAUGCGGUCACGCCUAACCAAUGCAGAGAUGACUAAUUUACGGAAAGUUGCUAAAUCACUUCCUUGCCAUUUUGCUCUUGGGAGAAAUAGAAACCACCAAGGGUUGGCAGCUGCAAUAAUUAAACUUUGGGAGAAAAGCUUAGUUGCAAAAAUUGCUGUGAAACGGGGUAUUCAGAAUACAAAUAACAAGCUAAUGGCAGAGGAGCUAAAGAGCUUAACGGGUGGUGUCUUGCUUCUCAGAAACAAAUAUUAUAUUGUCAUAUACCGUGGAAAGGAUUUUCUCCCUACAAGUGUUGCUUCUACUUUGUCAGAAAGGCAGGAGUUGACAAAAGAGAUCCAAGAUGUUGAAGAGAAAGUGAGAAGUAGAGGAUUGGAGGCAGCUCAAUCCAGUUCAGAUAAAGUACAGGCACCUGCAGGUACUUUGGCUGAGUUUUAUGAAGCUCAAGCUCGGUGGGGAAGAGAUAUAUCUCAUGAAGAACGUGAAAAGAUGGUUGAAGAAGCUUCAAGAGCCCAGCAUGCUCGGCUUGUUAAACGAAUUGAACAUAAACUAGCUGUUGCCCAAGCUAAAAAACUCAGAGCAGAGAGACUGUUGGCAAAAAUAGAAGUCUCUAUGGUUCCUAGUGGUCCUGAUUAUGAUCAAGAAACAAUCACUGACGAGGAGCGUGUUAUGUUUCGAAGGGUUGGUUUGAGAAUGAAAGCAUACUUGCCUGUUGGUAUUCGUGGCGUUUUUGAUGGUGUUAUUGAGAAUAUGCAUCUGCAUUGGAAGCAUAGAGAACUAGUUAAACUAAUAACCAAACAAAAGACCCUAGCAUUUGUUGAAGAUACAGCAAGGUUGUUAGAAUAUGAGAGUGGCGGGAUACUGGUGGCUAUAGAGAGAGUCCCUAAAGGAUAUGCUCUUAUUUAUUAUCGUGGGAAGAAUUACCGCCGACCCAUUAGUUUAAGGCCAAGAAACCUUUUGACCAAGGCAAAAGCAUUGAAGCGCUCAGUUGCCAUGCAACGUCAUGAGGCUCUUAGUCAGCACAUAUCUGAACUGGAGAAAACCAUUGAGCAAAUGAAAGAGGAACUUGGUGUUACUGAAGAUGCAGAGGAUGAAAAUGAUUGGAGCUCUGGGGAACAUGGCCAAUUUGAUCAUGCUACAAAAUUCACCCAGACUGAGGAUGCCACUUUGUACAUGGAAUGUGACAGUGGCAGUGACAGUGAAGAUGAUGAGGAGGUGGAUGAUGAUAACAGCAACAUUUAUUGGGAAACAGAUGAAGAAUCUGUAUUUUCAGGCUUUGAAAACUGUGGUAGUACUCUGAGCAAAAAUGAUUGAUGAGUUUAGAAGCAAUUCUAUGGAAUACUUGUUGGUGUCCUUGUCCAAUGCAGGAGUUCCCAAAAAGAAGUUCCAGGCAGUCUGUAGCUUCAACGGGAGAUAAGCACAUGAAAUGUGUGCAGUUACACAUUUUUUACCAGUUAAGAGGCAAUCUUCCCUCUGUCAAGGUUGUGUAGAGAAGCAUGGAUUUGUCUGUUGAAGCAGUUUCUCCUGGAUGAUUGAAGCUAUCGCCUUCCAUUGCAUCUAAUUGGGGGUGAGUUUUUAGUCAUGCACCUGAUUUGAUUGCCAACUUUGCCAACUUCACAUUUCAUAUGGGCAUGGUAUGGGAGAAAGCAUACGUCAGAACUACUGAAGCCUGUAGGUUAGGCUGGUUAGCCGCAGAGAGGGAAUCAAGAGUUGCAACCUCUCCAGUUUCUCUCUCCUAUAACCCAACUUAUCAUUACUGCUUUUUAGUUCGGCCAUCCCUAGAAAAACCAAAAUCCCCCAGAAGAGAAGACAAUGUUACAAAUAUUAUACGCUUGAGUGGAGAUUUGCUGCAAAUAAUUUUUGAGUGAUUUUCUGUUAAUCAAGGUUGCGACUUGUACCAUUAAAAGGAGGGGAGAAAGAGGAUGUAGAUGACAUUAGUAAUCAUCAUUAUUUCUAAUUAAUCACAAGCCUGUGUAUAUGGGUUUUAUUUGCUCAA